AUGAGAAAGCUAACGCCGCAUAGGGAGGCAUUCAAUGACAUUUAUCUCAACCUCUCACGAAAGCCUGGUGCGACUCGAUUCUCCGACUCAGGAUUUGGCUGGAAGCCAGCGAACGGCGAAACCUACACUUGCGACCAGUCACAGAUUAUCCAAGCGCAGUGGAGCCGAGCGGCGCGCGGGUACGAAGUCAAGAUCCUCUCACGUAACGAUGGCAUAAUACAGCUUGAUGGAUUCAAGCAGGAGGAUUUCGACCGUGUCGCAAAAGUCUUCAAAACUUGGUAUGGCAUAAGUUUGGACAACCGAGAGCACGCUCUGCGUGGUUGGAACUGGGGAAAGGCCGACUUUGGUAAGGCUGAGCUCACCUUCAACGUCGCCAACCGUCCCGCGUUCGAGGUACCGUACACCGAAGUCUCCAACACCAACCUGGCAGGCAAGAACGAAGUCGCAGUCGAUUUCUCGCUUCCAGCGGACAGUGAUUCGGGCGCGAAUGGCCAACUUGGAGGUGCCAGGUUUAGAGGCAAGAAAUCUGCUGGCGCCCGGGACCAGCUUGUUGAAAUGCGCUUCUACAUACCCGGUUUGGCAUCCAAGAAGGAGAAGACCGAAGAUGGAGAGGACGCUUCUGGUGCAGAGGAUGGUGAAGAGACGAAUGCGGCUAAUCUAUUCUAUGAGACAUUGAUGGAGAAGGCUGAGAUUGGUGAAGUUGCGGGUGACACGUUUGCCACAUUCUUGGAUAUCCUACAUCUUACUCCUAGCAGGGGUCGUUUCGAUAUUGACAUGUACGAGAGCUCGUUCCGGUUGCGUGGUAAAACAUACGACUACAAGAUCCAGUUUGACUCGGUCAAGAAGUUUAUGGUUUUGCCAAAGCCUGACGACAUGCACACUUUGAUCACCAUUGGUCUGGACCCGCCCUUGAGACAGGGUCAGACCCGAUACCCGUUCCUUGUGAUGCAAUUCAAGCGCGACGAGGAAGUCAACCUAGACCUGAACAUGAAGGGAGACUUACUCGAGGACAAGUACAAGGACAAACUUCAGUCACACUAUGAAGCGCCUAUUGCUACGGUUGUAGCUGAUAUCUUCCGUGGUCUCAGCGGAAAACGCAUCACCAGGCCAUCUCGGGACUUUAUCAGUCACCAUGAGCAGUCUGGUGUUAAGUGCUCCAUCAAGGCUAACGAGGGUCACCUUUUCUGCCUCGAUAAAGCAUUCAUGUUCAUUCCCAAGCCGGCCACCUAUAUCAGCAUGGACAACAUCCAAUCAGUGACGAUGUCGCGUGUUGGAGGGGCUAUGGCCGCAAGCCGUACGUUCGAUAUCACCUUCACGAUGAAGAAUGGCAUGGCGGAACAUCAGUUCUCCAACAUAAAUCGUGAGGAGCAACAACCGUUGGAGAAUUUCUUCCGUGCCAAAGGCAUCAAGACGAAGAACGAAAUGGCAGAUGACUCGGGAGCUAUUCUUGCAGCAGCACUUCAAGACGAAGAUCUUGCAUCGAGUGACGAUGGAGCACCAGCAAACCGCGGUAGUGCCGACGAGGAUGACGAAAGUGUUGAUGAAGAUUUCCAAGCAGACUCGGAAUCAGAGGUUGGCGAGGAGUUUGACUCGGACCAUCAGAGCAGCGGCUCCGACAGUGAUGCAGAGAUGGAUGAUGCGGAGAGCGAGGGUGACGCCGCGGAAGCGGUGCCAGAACGACCGAAGAAGAAGCAGAAGGUGUCGCAAUAGCCCAAGAUCCUAGCCACCAUACGCGGGCACGGGUGGACGGGCGACGGGGGAGGGGNGGAGGGGGGAGGGCGGUGAAGGGGGGGCCACUAUCUUUUGACGCUUGCACGUUCAUCACAAAUGCAGCAUUCCAAUGAUAAAAGAAGACGGUCGGGUUGCCGCUC